CUACAAGUAGGUUUUUGAUAAAAGCUUUCAAGUAUUCUCAAACCCAUUGAUAAAUCUUGUAAAGUAAGUUUUUUUUAAUUAAAUUAUGUGCUUCGACUCCUCCAUCACCCACGCGGCGGAGGCUGAUUACGCGACGGCUAAAACUUCCGUUUGGUGGGACGUCGAGAACUGUCCUGUCCCCAAGGGCUGGGAUGCUCAUAGCAUAGCUCAGAAACUAAACUCAGCGCUGGUGAACUUGAACUACCGGGGUCCUCUCACCAUCUCUGCUUAUGGCAACACAGAACUCAUCCCUAAACCUGUUCAGCAAGCUCUCUCCUCCGCCGGAAUCUCUCUUAACCACGUCCCCUCCGGAAAGAAGGAUGCGAGUGACAAGAAGAUUCUGGUUGAUAUGUUUUUGUGGGUGUUGGAGAAUCCUGCUCCUGCUAACUUGAUGCUUAUCUCCGGUGACGGAGACUUCUCUUAUGCUCUUAACCGUCUGCGGAUGUUGAGAUACAACAUCCUCCUCGCGCACCCUCUUCAAGCUUCACCUUUCUUGGUUGCUUCUGCGAGGACCUCGUGGAUGUGGAGAAGCUUAAUUGCCACACGAAGUUGUUGCUCCUUCGGUUCUGAGCAUGCUUUGUCCACACAAGCAAUGGAUUCAGGGUCUGUUUUUAACAAGGCUGAUAAACUCAAAGGAAAAGCACCAGGUCAACAGGGGACAAGAAGAAAGAAGCUUCAGAAGGAAUGGAGAGUGUGCAAUGUUGCUUGCAAAAGCACUGAUACUUUCACCAUGGCCAGAGAACAAGCACCUCAGGCACUCAUUGAUGCUAAAGAAUGUGUUCAACUAGACAAUGACUCGCAGUCUCGGGAUGCGUUUAUGAAGUGCUUGGAGAAACAGAACAAGGAACUGAUGGAGACUAUUGCAACAUCCGAAAGGAGUGGAAGAGAGUUCUGGCAUGAUUUUAAAGAGAGGCUGGACAAGAGUGGUGUAGCUCCUCUCAGUGUAGAUCAUGUUUUCAGUGAACUUAGCCGCGACUUUCACGUGCCCAAAGAAGUGAGGGAGUGUUUUGAAGCAAUCCUCAUGAAGCUAGAACCUACACAAAAUGAUAUUGAAAUUGAGAAGUUGGAGGAUAUGACCAAGAAGAAGAAGAGUACAGUGAUUGAAUCCAAAUAUGAACCAUAUGUUUGCACUAUUUGCAAUGUCGUUUGUGCACAUCCUUCCGUGUUCGAGUCGCAUCAUAAGGGCCGGAAGCAUGCUGCAAAGUUUAACAAGCACAUAGAUGAUCUGCGUGAUAGGCAUCAACUACAAGAGAAAAUCAUUCAAGAUAACGGUCUCCCGAAAGAUAUGGCAGUGAAUGGAGACAAAGCUGAACCAUAUGUUUGCAGUAUUUGCAAUGUCAUUUGUGCACAUCCUUCCGUGUUCGAGUCUCAUCAUAAGGGCCGGAAGCAUGCUGCUAAGAUUAAAAAGCAGGCAGAUGAUACAUUAUCAUUGAAACAGGCUCUGCUUGGUGAUCAACAAAUACAAGAUAAUGGUGUUCCGAAAGAUAUGAAAAAGGAGCUCCAAAUCAAGCUUGUAGAGGCACCUGAGAACAUGGACUACUUAGAUAAGCAAAGGCAAGAGCUGGGAGAGAGAUGUGCCACCAACUCCGGGAGGAGUGUUGAAGAUUUUUUUCAAACUAUUGAAGAAGUAGUAGAGAAUGAUUACAAAUCUCUUUCGAAUGAAGAGUGUUUUUUCAUCGAACUAAACUCUGAGUUUUCUGCCUCUGAAGAAUCUAGAGAAUGUAUUGAUGCCAUUUUCAAGAAACCAGAAGUCUCACAAGAUGCAAACUUAACCCGGGAGUUUGAGAAUAUACCAAGCCAGAACCUGGAGAUGAACUCAGGCGAUUCUGAAAGUAGCUCUGCAGGAGGAGCCACUGAGCAUCCCGAGGAGUACAUGAUGAACAUGAAGAAGGAGAAGGUGACUAAGUCCAGCGUUUCAACCAAACCUAUAACGAAGGAACCAAAGGUUUUGCAGCUUGUCUGGUGCCAAAUCUGCCGGAUCAGCUGCGAGAGCAAGGUUGCAUAUGCAAAUCACAUCUGUGGGAAAAUACACCAGCAGAAGAGGGAGAGGAUGUCUGAGAGAGAAGCCAUGCUUUCUAAGGAGACUGCAGAGAGAUUGAGCAAAAGCCAAACCGCCUUUGAUUCACAGAACCAUGCUGCCAUGGUCAAGGAGCAAACAGAGGCAUUUGUUGAUUCACUGAGAACUCGCCAAGAACUUCGCCAAAGAGCAGUGGAACAUCCAUUGGGAAAAGCAGAGGCAACAGAGGAGCAGACUUUUGUAAAGACCGAGGAUCAUGGGUUUCAAGGGGCACAAGAAGAUAAAGAGGAAGUGAAGGAGAUAAACACCAUAUCUGAGAACCUAACGCGUGCCUUUAUUGGAAUGAAUCAAGAGUCAAGUGUACCCAAAGAAUCGAGAGGAUGUUUGGAUGUGAUUCCUCAGAGAGUAAAAGCGCCAGCAGAUGUGAAUGUGACAGAGAAGUUGGAAGAUGAGUCCAAACAUAAACCCCAAACAACACCAGAGGAACCUUUAAAGGAGUUUGCAGGACCUAAGGAGCACCUCGGAGUGGCUGCCAAGAGGGGAGAGGCUAAGUUCCAAGUUGAUAACUUUUGGACCAGACUUUGGGGGAAAAAGGAGUUGGAAAAACUUUACCGUAUAAUCUAAUACUAUUAAAGCAAAAUUCAUACUAGUAUUCUGCCAUUAAUUUUUGAAAUAAUUAAUAAUAUGACAUUCCUAUAUUUAUGGUUAACAACUUUUUUUUUU